AUGGAGCCAGGGAUUGUUCUUGACAGCUCCGUGGGAUUCUCGGGGUGCACUCAGUCGGCCGGGGUGCGGGAGGAGACCCCGGGGGAAGAGGCUAAGGGCGGAGAGGGGAGCACUGCGAUGUCCAAGCUGAGAGAAGAGGACAGUCCCGCGGCGGAGGAGACGAGGGUGGCCGGGGAGGAGGAUGGAGAGACCCGGGGGAACGCGGAAGAUGAGGGGAAAUACGAGGAGGAGCUGGAUCCUAGAAUACAGGAAGAGCUGGAGCAUCUGAACCAGGCCAGUGAAGAGAUCAACAAACUGGAGCUGCAGCUGGAUGAUGCCCGCUCCAGCUACAGGAGGAUCCUGACAGACUCGGCUCGGAGGCUGAACGCUCAGGGCUCAGCGCUGGGAACAUGCAUUGAGAAAGCACGGCCCUACUACGAGGCCCGCAGACUGGCCAAGGAGGCACAGCAGGAGACCCAGAAGGCUGCCCUGCGGUAUGAGCGGGCCGUGUCCAUGCACUCUGCUGCUAGGGAGAUGGUCUAUGUGGCUGAACAGGGGCUGCUGGCAGACAGGAACACCAUGGAUCCCACCUGGCAAGAGAUGCUCAACCACGCCACAGCCAAGGUGAACGAGGCAGAGGAAGAGCGGCUCCGCAGUGAGAGAGAACAUCAGAGGGUCACUCAGCUGUGUCAGGAGGCUGAGGCCAGGGUCCAGACUCUUCAGAAGGCCCUCAAGAAGGUCAUCCUCAAGUCCAAACCAUACUUCGAACUAAAGGCCCAGUUCAACCAUAUCCUGGAGGAGCACAAGGCUAAAGUGGUGCACCUGGAGGAGCAGGUUUCUAAAGUGAAGACACGUUACUCUGUGGCCCUCAGGAACCUGGAGCAGAUUAGUGAACAGAUCCACGCUCAGAGAGGCCGGAUCACAGACACCAGCAGAGGGAACCAUGUGAUGUGUGGAGGUCGCAGCUCUCCUGUGGGGGCUGAGGCAGAGGUCCGGGCCAGUGUCAGUGUACAGGUGGGGUCUACGUCUGCAUUAAUAGCAUUUACUAUGGGAGGAGCCAACAGCGACUGGGCGCAGCAGUGGGUGGAGCGUCACCGUCAGAGUGGGUGGGGCCAUGCGGAGCAGGAGGGUGGUCUCGAGGGUCCUGAGGGCUCCGACCGCUUAUCCGUCAUCAGCCUGCAAACCAUCGCCUCGGACCUGGAGAAGUGCGACUCUGUGGAGCACCUGGGCGACAUGAGUGACUGCGGCAGCGUGCGGGGUGAGGGCUGGGAGAGGAGAGGAGCCCACCACAGCCGGCCACUCAGCACCCUGCUCCCAGCUACUGCUGCUCCUGUAGAGGUGGGGGGGGGGGAGGCAGGGGUAGUCCAGGGGGCGGCGCACAGGGACCCCAUAGAGCAGCCCACACCGGUCAGGAAAGAGAGGAGGGAGAGCUUCGUCAAACAGCAUCAUAGGAGUGUCAGCCUAUAG